AUGGGAUUCACAGCUGGCACAAGCCGCCGCGUCAAGGACGCCAAGCGGACUCGGCGGGGCGACUGGCUCGAUGCUCAGUACUUUGGAUGGACACGUGUCGAACAGGCUCACAUCCCCGCCGCCGGCGGCAAUCACAGCGGCUGCGGCGAUCACCGACGAUCAUUAAAUAUACCACGGGUGGUCUUUAGGAUAAUACUGGAAGCGAGGCCAUUAACGGCGGAAAUUGAAUCUAAGCCGGAGGCAGACGGGCGGAGCACGGAGACGAAGAAAUGGAGGAAAUCAAACGGAGUAACGGAGCGUAGAUUCCACUUGAGAGUCGCCAGCACCAAAAGCUCCAUUCUCUGUACUGUCUCCGGCGCGAAAACGUACGUCGGCUCAAGCGCUUGCAGCUCCAAAAGCAUCGGGACGCACGUUUCCUCCAUUUUCGCCGCCAGAGACAAGCACGCCACCGUCAGAAGCUGA